GUUUACUUGUUGGAAUUUUUCUCGACAUUCACAGCGAGCCAGUCCAGCUAAAUUUAAGAAGUGGAAAAACGAAUUAAAGUUGUAUUAAAUUUUGCUCUGCUAGACUGAACCCUAACCUCAAAAAACCCUUUUGAGAAAAUUCUUAUAAGAAUCUGUUACCGGAAGAUUAGCAUCUUGCUUGCACAAGUGGUAGAAAAGACAACAAACAAAGCGAACUUCCGAUGAGACUGAAGCAAACCCAGACGCGAACGGGGACGCCCGCAAUGCCAGCGCCGGUCAGUGCAAGUCCCAUGCCUAUUCCCCAGACCCAGUAUCUGUUCGAAUCCUGCUGCCGUUUGUGUCUGGACGAGGAUCGGGACCAGCUUGAUAUCGAUUCCGUUGAGGAACUACCGGAAACACUGAUACGGUUGUAUGGUUUGAAGGUUGCUGUAACGGAUCGGAUUAGCCAACGGAUUUGUGUCGAUUGUUACCAGGAUGUGCUGAGUUCGCUGAACUGGGUUAAAAUUCAUGAGGAACAGAAACAGCAGAUUCAGGCCAAUAAUGCUCGCUUCGAGAACGAACUGUUGCAGCAGCUGGGGCCGGAUGAGAGGGAGAAUACACCAGUUCCAUCAACGCCUGAAGUGCCGGAUUCGACAACGACGAAUGGCAUGGAACCGAAGGAUGAGGGAGUUCCGACAACGAGAUCCGGAAGGAUUCAGAGGCGAGCUGGACGGUUGAUCUCCGAGGACGAUUCCAUCAAAAGAGGGGAAUUGAGGAGUAAAAGAAGACGGGAAGAAGCUCACGAAGAGACUGGCGAUGAUUAUUCUGCUUCGAGUUCUUCGGAUGGAGAUGGAUCAGAUGUCGAAUCGGAAGCAUCAGAUCCAACAACAUCGUCUACGGACGACGAUUUGAAAUGUCAAAAGUGCGACGCUGUACUGGGGGAUCAGGCGGCUGUCGCAAAUCACAAGUGCGGCUUUGUGUGUGAUAUUUGCGGUGCAGCUUUGCGACAUGCGACCAGCUUGAGGCGACACUUGGUUUCUGUUCAUCAAUUAUCCAGGCAAAAAACGGAUCUCCACUAUCAAGCCUGUACCUCUAACGAUAAAAAUAUGUUGAAAAGUAUUCUGCAGCCCAAAAAACGCUACCGAUACGAGAGUGAUUCUCCAACGGAUAUUGAAGACAGUUCGGAUCAAGCGGAAGAACAGUCGGGCACUUUCACAUGCGGCAGCUGUGGAGAAACUUUCGCAAGAAGGAUUGACUUGAAGGAGCACGAUUGCGAGUACGGUUGUCAGAUAUGUGGCACCAAGUAUAUCACCCGAAGUGCUGCUGUGCAUCAUAAAAAGCUGCACGAAUCAGGGAAACUAAAGUCGGUGCAGAAAAGAACUCCCCCGAAACCGGCGCGUUCGAUCGAAAGCGAAAGAAAAUCUACCAGAAUUACAACAAGGGCUUCAAUUAAAAUCGAACCAGGAGAAACAAAGGAUAAUAAACCUGAGAUUUCUUCCGAAAACGUGGAAACCCCAACAGUUGCUAAUGAUAAACCUCAAAUUCCUUCUAGAAGAUCUGGAAAUUCUUCUACAAAGCCUAUUACACCCGAGGCAACUGAAAAAAUCGCAAAGGAUCGAACAGAUCCAAACACAACGGUUGUCGAAGAUAAACCACAUAUUUCUACGAGAAGAUCUGGAAACGCGUCUAAAAAGCCUGCUACCCCCGAGGCAACUGAACAAAUCGCUAAUAAUCGAACAGAUACAUUAAGAAGAAAUAACAAAACGCCUACAAGAAAAUCAGUCGAACCACCUAAGACUCCGGCAAAAUCGGCUACACCCAACUUCGAUAGAAAGAAACAAAUUCAAUGCGAGUAUUGCGAAUCGAUCAUGAAAAAACAAAACUACAAGCGGCACUUGAGAAAUGUUCAUGAAUUUUCCGAAGAAGAAGCUGUCAAAGUGUCGAAGGCCGCUUUGCUGGCCAUACAAGCCGAAAACGAGGCAGCUAAACGGCAACAAUCAGCUCAGAAAAAAGCAGCUGAGCAGCAAUCAACUCCUGAACCAAAAUCGGCCGCAAAACCGGAAAGUUCAUCGGAAGAAGACGAACCGUUGGCUGCUUUAGCAGAACCGGAACAAUUCCGAUCUAAUAAAUCGACUAAGUGGCGCUUCUUCUGCAAACAUUGUAAUUAUACUGUCUCGCAGAAGAAAGGAAGAAUAUAUGAUCACGUAAUGAAAGAACACAACAUUAGAAAAACAAACGAGUUAGAAUCUGCCUUCUAUCGAGAAAUAGACGACGGGCGCAUGACUCCCUGCAGAUCAAAAUCACCUGCUCCAUCGAAAUCGCCUGCUCCAUCAAAAUCGCCUGCUCCAUCGAAAUCGCCUGCCCCAUCUUUGGGGCGAUCUAAGACGCCAGAGGCCAACUUGCAAACAGAAACAUCGGCUGGCUCGACUCGACAUGAAUCGGUCCGGCCCUACCGUUCCCGAUCUGUGGUGCGAGAUUUUGACACUGACAAAAAACGAAAGCGUUCGCUAUCGUCCUGCUCCACAAAAUCGGUUCGCCUGGAAUCGCGCUCGGGUGGCUCCCAAACAUCGGAACGUAAAAUAUUGAUCGCAAAACGACGGGCCUCACAUUCGGCCACACUGUCCAAGGUAAAUGCCAAGUUCCAUACAACCGUACUGGCAUUCGACGCUCAUCGCUUGCAUCUAACCAGGGCACUUGGUUGCGGCGGCGAGUCUACUGGUGUUGAAAAGGAUAAGUUCCGUUUGAAGGCGAGCUCCCAUGCCUUAUACGAUCUCUGCCAAACGAAAAAGCUUUUCCGGCUACGAGGUCCUGCAGGAGCCGAAAAGCAACAGGUUCUUCGGCUCCGCAGUUCCUUCAUGAAGAUGUCAGAUCAAGUGAGCAAUGUUUCUCGCGCCGGUCCCAUCGAUGCUUCGCUUCUGGAUUCGUUAACCGAACCCGGAAGUGAUAACCAAGAAGAGCCAUCAAAAAAGAAUGAACAAACUUCAAAGGAGGUCCCCGAAAACGGGGAAGAUCCAGUUUCUGAAAAUGCAGAAAAAACUGAUUCAAUUGCAAAUAAUAAUCCUAUUGCGGAAACUAUCGCAGAAUGGGAUGAAGAUGAUUCAUCAACAGCUCAUCAAGAUGAGUCGCCACCUGAUCGUUCUCAGUCGGCUCAAUCAGCUAAAGAUCCUCUGGAAGAUUCAACAGAUUCUUCGAUUGAACCGAACCCAAGUAACGAAAACGAACAGCCAACAGCAGAAAAAGAAAAUCUUGAAGAAAACGAGGAAAAAGAAAAUUCCACAUCACCAGCGACGGAUCCCGACGACGAAUCGACUAAUGUCUCGGCACCGGAUCCCGAAACGGAAGCCCAAGAACAAACAGUAGAUGGCCAGCCAUCGCCAGCUCUCAUCACCGGAGAUGAUGCCGAAACCAUGGACCAAGCGAGCAGUCCAAUUGAUAGAGAAGGAGACGAAGAUAUGGUUGAGAUCGCCGUUCCGGAUCACGAAGAAGAACAGGACGAAGAUAUGGAGGAGGUUGUUGUCGAUCCCAACCAAGAAGACGGGGAAGACGACGAAGAGCUGGAGCAGAUGGCGGAGGAGAGUGUACUUCCAGACCGGGAAGAAAGCCCCGAAGAAGAAGGGCAGGACGCUGGGGUUUCGAUUCUAUCAGACUAAAUCGAAUCGAGUUGCUACUUGCAGAUCAAGAACAAGUACUAUCAAAUAGUUCUCCGCUGCAUGUGCAGACAAAAUUUUGUUUCGAAAAAUAUUUUAUUCAAAAAUAUGACUCAAUAUACUUAAUAUAAUUA